CGAGAUGGAGGCAGGGGGCUCCCCAGGUUGGGAACAAAGACCCUGAGUCAGGAUGGUGGUGGAGGCCCGGGAGAGGUCGCAGCAGGAUGGCAGGCCCUGAGAGGAGUCAACUCUGACUCUGGUCCCCUGAGGAUGAAGUGGCCCAGGUGAGGUGUGGGCCUGGCCCAAUGGCCAGCUCAGGGACUGAGGUCCACUGGGCAGAGCCAGGUCUGGGGAAGGGGCCCCGGCAGAGGCGGCGCUGGGCCUGGGCCGAGGAGGAGAAGAAUGCCACUGGGAGUGGUGCCCGAGGCUGGGGAGAUGAGCCCUUCCCUGAUGCCACCAGCCCUGAGCUCCUGGAGGACUUCCGUCUGGCCCAGCAGCACCCAGUGGCCCUGGCGUGGGACCCGCAGGCUGGAGGGUGUCAGGAUUCUGAAUCUGAAGAGUCUGCAGAAACAGGGAUCGAAGCCGAGGAUGUGGACAGCCCAGAAAGUUCCAACUUGCCGCUGUACUGGUUUCCCCAGCAGGACUCUCCGCAGAACAUGACUGAAGAGGAGCCGGAUGAUCCUCAGGAAGUUGAGGAAACUGGAGAGCGGCCACCCAGGCAGGGGGAUGAGGACGGUCUCCACUCAGAGGGCAAUGGGAGCCCCACAUCUCUGACUCUGGGGAAGGGCCAGGCCAGGGGCUGGGUGGCCUCUGACAAGGAGGCUUGUGGAGACAAGCCUGCCGAACACUCUGAGGUCAGCCCAUCCAUUGACCUUUACUCUACAAGAUCCUGGAGCAGUGGGACCGUGAGCCUCGGUCAUCCCAGCGACAGCCUGGAUUCUGCCUGGGAAGGAGAGACCCAUAUCCCUCAACCCAUUCCCCCGACAGAAACUUUCCCACAGCCCCUCAGCUGCCACCUCGAUCCAGUUGACAGAACCAGAGGGAGUGUUGCUCAGGCAACCCCCAUAGAAUUCCAUGACUUCUCACCACCCCCACCUCCGAGCCUCCAGUGCCCCGGAGAUGGAUGGAGAAAAAACCCCAGCCUCUCCCACCCUCGGCCCAGGGACCCACCCUGGAAGCAAUCCAAGAUACCCCCAAGGUCACUGCCUUCCCGAUUCGCUGGCUCCUUCAGCCCUCUAAAUCCUCGGCCUAAGCCAACCCCCAGGGACAGGCUGCCCAGGCAGGUGGCCGCUCUGGCUGGCCGCUCUUCUGAUGCCUCCAAGUAUGGCCGGGGACGGCUGAACUACCCACUGCCUGAUUUCUCCAAAGUGGGACCCCGGGUGAGGUUCCCCAAAGAUGAGAGCUACCAACCCCCCAAGGCCAAGAGCCAUAGCUGGCAGCCACAGGGCCCUGCCAGACCCCUGAUCUUCAAGUCACCGGCAGAGAUUGUGCGGGAGGUGCUGCUCAGCAGCGGGGAAGCCGGCUCAGCACGGGACGUGCCCCCUGCCCCCUCCAUCGCCAGGGUACCCCAAGAGUUCCAGACACCAGAGCAGGCCACCAAGCUGGUCCACCAGCUUCAGGAGGACUACCACAAGCUUCUCACCAAGUACGCCGAGGCAGAGAACACCAUCGACCAGCUGCGCCUCGGCGCCAAGGUGAACCUGUACUCUGACCCACCCCAGCCCAGGCACAGUGCCCACAUGGGGACGGUGUCCCAGGGGACCAAGGUCUUGUCCUUCACCAUUCCACAGCCCCGCACAGCAGAGUGGCAGCCGGGCCCCGCAGAGGCUCCUCAGGCCACUGAGGUCUCAGGGUGGCAGUCAGCACAAGGAGAAUUGAGCCCCUCCUCACCCAGCAACGCUGCCACCCCAGGGUGGCUUCCGGAGAACCAGAGCAUGGCCAAGCACCAACCCUCAGCAGAGCGAACCCAGGCCCUGGCAUCUCAGGCCAGCAGGUUCCUGGCCAAGGUGGAGUCCUUCGAAGGCUUGGUGCGUGCGGGACUGCUCACGCCGCAGGACCAGCUCAAGGGCUUCCAGUGGCUGAAGGCUGCCCACGCGGCCCUAGAGGAAGAGUACCUGGAGGCCUGCAGGGACCAGCACCCGACUUGGCAGCCGGCCUGCUCCGAGGGGGCACCUGAGAAGUUUGAUCCUGGCAGGGAGCUGGAGGCGGAGAUAUUCCAGCUGGGAAUUCGCCUGGAAGAGUUCAAGGAGCACAUGGAGCAGGGACCGCCGGAGCCUGAGCGAGCGGGGUCAGACUCCGCUCUGGACAGCCCUGCGAUCUUGCCUCCCCCUGGCCAUCCCUCUCCCACCAGACACGCGCCGAAGCCAACCAUCCACAUCCAGACCUCCUACCCUGAGCCUGACACCAUGGAGACUGCCUCCUGCUCUUUGCACGAGAGCAGGGAGGUGGAGGGCAGACCCUGGGAGCUCCCAGCCCCACUCAGGCAUAAGGAACUGCAGAUGGAGCAAGACCCCCAUGGCCUCCUGGAGCAGUGUCUUGGCGUGAAGUCCCUGUCCAAAGCCCUCAGGGUGGAGGAGGACAAGGAGGAGCAGCUGCGUGGCCUGGAGGUUGACGGGCCGACCCCAGCUCCAGGGAAAGGAGGGGCCACGAGGCGCACCCCCAGGCAGCUCUCGGGACAUAGCGAGAGAAGUCACAGCACCCCCAUCAGAGAGACCACGGAGCAGCGGGUGUUGGAGAAGCCUGCGGGCUCCCAGGUGUCCAUGGCCAGAGACGGGUGCUCGUCGGGCCUGGGCAAGGCUGAGACAGCCCCUCCACACCCCUCUGGAGGCACCAAGUCCACGGCGUCCCACCAGAGCAGUAUGACUAGCUUGGCGGGCAGUGGCAUCUCUGACCGCCUUCCACAGAAGUCCUUCCGGCAGAACUGUGGAGCCCACCUGGAGGAGCCCUGGAUGGCAUCCCCGGAGACAGACAGUGGCUUCGUGGGCUCAGAAACCAGCAGAGUGUCACCCGUCACCCAGACUCCAGAGCACCGGCUCUCCCAUAUCAGCACCCCAGGGACACCAGCCCGGCCCUUCCCUACAUCUGUGACCCAGGAUGGAACCUCCCCUUCUAGGACCAGGGGCCCUCUGGUGCCCAGAACAGCCUCUGAGCCCAGCACAGGCAGGAGCCGGGCCCAGAAGCACCUCUCUAGCCCAGGCAGCCCUGUCCAGCAGGAAGCACCCAGCUUUCGCCUGGGACGGACGUUGGCUCUAGAGAUGGCACCUUCACCGGAGCUCAAGGGACCCAAGCGGAUUUCUGAGCAUCUUCUUCCCAAGAGGGCACCCAGCCCACCCCCCACCCCGGCCUCUGCAGCUGCCCCUCUGACCCACCCGCCAACAGAGACCCCCAGCCUCCUCCUCAAUCGGAUGGGGCGAGACCAGGCCAUCCAGGAGCUGCAAGAGGAGGUGUCCAGACUCCGCCUGCAGCUAGAGGACAGCCUGCACGGGCCAGCCCGCCCAGCCUCCGCCUCCAACCGCCCCACCCGGGCCCGCGCCCGGCCAGCAGAUUCCUCGGUCACCUGGGGCUCCCACUUGGGCAGUAAAUCCACAGAGAGGUUGUCUGCGGAGCCUGGGGCUGCAGAGCAAGCGGCUCUCAGAGGACGCCGGCGAGCCAGGUCCUCUUCAGUGCCUCGGGAGGUGCCCCAGCUGUCCCUGACCUCCGAAUCUGAGCCCACCUCUCCCCGCCUCCCCUCUGGGGAAAGCAGGACCUCCCAGGAAAAUCCGAGAGCAGUUGGGGACAGAAUGAGAGCAGGGGCCACCUCCGGGCGGCCAGACCGGGCCACCUUCCGGGGCCACUACACAGGCCAGGAGUACCAUGUCCUGUCUCCCAGAACUGUCCUGAGAGGCGGCGGCACUGCUUCCUGUCCCCACUGUCAGCCUGAUAGGGCCCAGGACCCAGGUGGUGCUGCCAUCCAGGACCCACUGACACCAUCUCCAGCAGACACCCCCCACUGUCCCGUGUGCCCUCAAGUUCUGUGUCCUCCCGAGAGGGGUGGCCCCGACGCAGCCGCCUCCAGUUCCCCUACUCUCCGCCGGACCCUCAGCUCCCGGCCAGGGUUGGGGGUCACUGCUCAGGGGGCAGACAAGGCCACCACCAGGAGACAUGUGCCCUCCAGUUCCAGCCCCAAGCAGCGGAGCAAGCCGGUGGAGCAGCCCGCUGGACUGUGGUACCUGGCAGCUGCGCCCCCAGCACCAGCCCCUCCGGCCUUCGCCUACGUCUCCUCCGUGCCUGUUGUCCCAUACCCACCAGCCUCUGUGUACUACGUGUCCCCAGGACCUACCUCAGCCCGCUCCGCUGAGUGGCCCCCCACAGCCUCAUCCCAGCCACCCUCGGGGCACCGGCACUCCGUGCAGCUGGACCUGGCCAGCCUGGAGGAGCUCAACCAGGCGCUGAGCCGAGCCGUGCAGGCUGCCAAGAGCGUCCGACUCACCACCAAGCAAAUGAGCCGCUCCCUGUCGGCCGACCUGCGCCAGGCCCGCAGCCUGCGGGGCUCCUGCCUCUUCUGAGGGCACUCCAGGGGCAGCCACG